CGUCAGUGGGGAGCACUCUGCGUUCAAGGCACGUCCUCCCACACCUCGCCCCUACCCGCUGUUGAUCCUGCUACCCACCGCCGGAGAAAACACGGUUUUUACACCGCUCCGGGAUAAGAGGCUAUUACGAGAUGAAGGCACUGACGUGUGGCGGAGGCUGGGAGUUGUGAUAGACGGUUGAAGUGGACGGCAGGCCCGAGCAGGUAGAACGUGAAGACCCGUGCCGGGUGGAAAGGUGCUGGCGGGCGCGAGUGGAUGGACCGUAGUGGGGAGGCUGUGUGUUUCGGGCGGUGACGAGAGAUGGACAGCCGGGAGCUGAGGCUGAGUAGUAUUAUGCAGCUGCGGUCACGGCGAUGCGUCCUGGUGCUGGGCGUGUCCAUCGUGUGCAAUGUAGUCCUGUUCCUCCGCGUGAUGCAGCCACGUGAAACACACGUGACGGAAUUCAUCCGCAAGGAAGGCGAGUUCCAGGACCUCCGGGCAGCUGCCUUGCAAGCACCCAGCAGAUUAACAGAUGACGAAAGCCAUGACGUCCCCAGACCAGACGAAACAGCCUUCCGUCCUCUGGACUUCCAACGGACAGAAAAGGAGGAAUCUGCUCAAAAAUCUGACAACGAAGAAGAGGAGGAAGAAGAUCCACAGUCUGAUGACAAAGACAAUGUAGACACUAAGCAGGAGGAGGAUGAUGAGAAGGUGGUGAGACAAGUUGGGAAGGAGAACGUGUUUCAUGAGUCGGGGACGAAGGAUAACGGCACGGCUCCCGCCACGACCUCCCCACCACCUGAAGCCAUCCCGACAGACAAUCCUAACUGGGUCUUCAACGUUACAGCUGCAGAUGAGUUCAGGACUCUUGUGGAAGAAGCAACAAAGACACAGGACGUCUUUGUGAUGACACAGAAAAACGUGCAAUUAAACAGACUUCUGAAGUACGAGGCGCAGAAAUAUUACAUCAACGUUACCAGAGACCUGUACAACUGGUUACCCAGGGAUCAGCCGUUCGGCUUUAAGAAGUACAAGACGUGCAGUGUGGUGGGGAACGGCGGCAUCCUGCUGAAGAGCGGCUGUGGGGAGAAGAUCGACUCUGCAGACUUCGUCAUCAGGCUAAACCUGCCAUAUAUGGGGAACUACUCUAGAGAUGUAGGCAAGAAGACAAACUUAGUUACCGCAAAUCCUACAAUAUUGAAAGAAAGAUUUCGGAGCCUCCGGUUUCGAGUCAAUAGGGACACCUUUCUGAACUACACGUCACACUUUCAAGAUGCUUUCAUGUAUUUUAGCGCGUUCACGUAUAGGAUGUGUACAACGUUAUCUUUCAACGCUUACCGAACAGUGCAAAGUGUGAAGGGAAAACGAACCAAUGCCACUGUCAUAUUCGGACACCCGCAGCACCUAGCUCUGGCUACAAAAUUCUGGAAAGGACAGUACAAGAUCAACGAAAGAAGGUUAACGUCAGGUCUGUACCUGGCGGGUACCGCCCUCAGCCUGUGCGAGGAGACUCACCUGUACGGCUUCUGGCCGUUCGACCACGACAGGCAGGGCCGCGUGCUCACCCACCACUACUACGACAACGUCACCAUGUCCGCCAAGCACAAGAGAAUUCGCCAACAUUCCAUCCCGGAAGAGUUCGCUGUCCUGCGCAGUCUUCACAACCGCGGCGUCCUACACAUGACCACGGACAGGUGCUCCUGACGAACACAAGCGACAUUCUGAGCAGCCCAAAAUAUAGUUUCAUCUGGUUGGUCAAUCAUAGGGUGUUAGGGGUUUUCUUU